ACUUCCUCUUCCGUCCACCUUCCCCCCCACCGGCGUGGAGCUGCGAGCGCGCAAAGCCAUAGGACGCGAUGGCAACAAGCUUUGCGGCCCUUUGCCACUUUCUCUCUUUACCCACUUCCCUCACUCCUGCCCUCUUACCCACACCCUGGCUAGCGGGCCGGAGCUGGCAUUGAGAGUGCCGCGCGCGACCCUGCACCGACUCCUGCGCUAGUCCGUGCUGUCCACUCCCGAUCAACCUUCUUGCCUCCACCAGCGCCCGCCGACGCCUCUUGGGUGGGAGAAAAGUCUCCGUCCAUGAUCUUCCCGUAGCUUCCGCUCAUCUCUACCCACACACCCCCCGUCCUCGCUCCCUCCUCCAUCCAGUCGCGCGCGCGCACACUCGGCAUGAAAUAGCGAGAAGCAGCACAAUACACCCCAGCCAUGUCAUCCGGAGGAGCACCACCACCACCAGCGCCGCCCUUGCCGGGAACACAGCCGCCUUUGGCCGUCAUCACCCACAAUGACCAGCGCGGUGUCCUCUUCGUCACCGGCGCAUUGGCGCUCGCGGCGACGCUGGUGUCGCUGCUGACUCGCGCGUAUGUAAGAGCCGGCUUUGGACAAUCGUUUGGGAGAGACGACUAUGCAUUGGGAGCGGCAUAUGUGUUGAUGAUAGCGCAAACCAUCGCUCUCUUUGUCGCCGCCAGCUAUGGCUUGGGCGAGCAAUCCAACCUCAUCGCACAUUCCGAUGGUGUGACGAUGCAACGGGCCAUCCUCGCUACCGACAUCCUCUACAUCUUCGCCCUGUGGACCUCCCGGCUUUCGUCCGUCUUCUUCGCCCAACGACUCUCCCGAACCACCCGAUAUGAGUGGAUUUGGAAAGUCUUCACCGGCGUGGUCGGCGUCCUCUUCCUCGCCUCUCUCCUGACUGUCAGCUUGCGGUGUGACCUGGGCCACGCAUGGCUCUACAUCAACCAACACUGUACCGGCUUGGGUGCUCUAUUCGCCCAACUCCUCUUCAUCAUCCUCAAUCUUCAAAUGGCCGCCGCGACCAAGUUCCGCGUCAUCAUCCCCUUUGCCGCCCGCCUUCUCCUCAUCGUCCCCCUCAUCCUUCACGUCCUCUCCAUUCCCGACUUCUUCGCCCUCACCGACGGCACGCGCGUCUCUGCAUUCAACAUGACCCGCCCCUACAUCUACACCCAGAUUAUCCUCGCCCUGGCCAUGAUCACCCCCACCAUCCCCGUCCUGCAGCCCUUCAUGCAAGCCACCGCCACCACCUUUGGCAUGGUCUCCGGCGCCGCCACGAACGCCUACGGCUCCAACGGAGACGGCAGUUUCGGCCAACACACUCACAAGGAGCAACACGCCUCUCGCCGCGGGGGCAGUCGCUUGGGCAACAUGCUGAGCAUGCGAAGUUUCCGCAGCGUCAAUGGCGGCGACGAGCGCGACACUGUCGAUGAAGACGAUGUCCGCGCCAACCCGGAUCCUUCCCAGUACUCGGCCACCGUGUCUCACGGGCAGCGCGCUCGUGCUGGGUCCAACGGCGGAAGCACUGUCAGCCAACAGCCCAUGAUCCGCCGUGACGUCCAGUACACGGUCUCCUACAGCGAUGCGCGGGCUUGA